AUGAAUAUUGAUUAUAUUAAAAAUCAAAAAGGUUUAUUACAUAUUACUCGACUUAUUAUUUUUAUUAUUUGUAUUAUUUUUAUGAAUAUAUUAUCAUGUGGACAAAAUGCAUUUGGUGGUCAUGCAAAUAUUAAUUCAACAUCAGAUAGUGAAUUUAUUCAUAUAAAAAGAUUCAGAUAUGCUUUUGGAUUAUGGAUUUAA